UAUUCUAAGUUUACCGUACUUUAUAUCGCUAAAUUUAACCAAGUGAUGAAGUCAAUUGCUGGCGUUCUACCUCCGACCGAUCCACCUCGCCGGAGAUGGCCUCACAGUCACAGCUCGCAAAUCUUCACUCGAAGUCGCCUGGGGCACAGCCUCCAUGUUUGUCUUCUUGCAAAUUCUCUGUCGGAUUCUCCAGACGCAUCGCGAUGGCCCCUCAGCCACUGCUGCAACCGUCGUUGUCGUCAUCUUCAUUAGAUGCUGAAAUUCGAGGCCGGAGAUUCUGGAACUUUCGUAAAUCCAGUACCGGAAAUGUUCAAUUGAGACGAGAUGUUGCUGUUAAAUCUCACCUGAAAUUGAAUGUCCCCCUCAUUUCUCCGCACGACCAGUGGGGCAACUGGACUGUUUUAUUCUCCAUAGGAGCCUUCGGUAUCUGGUCCGAGAAAACAAAGAUUGGUAGUGCAUUAAGUGGUGCCUUAGUGAGCACAUUGGUAGGACUUGCAGCCAGUAAUUUUGGGAUCAUUGCAUCUGAUGCUCCAGCUUUUCCUAUUGUUUUAGAGUUCUUGCUACCGUUAGCAGUUCCUUUGCUGUUAUUUAGAGCGGAUUUGCGUCGUGUAAUAAAGUCAACAGGGACACUUCUCUUGGCAUUUUUGUUAGGUUCAGUUGGAACAACAAUUGGAACUGUAGUGGCCUAUUUUCUUGUACCAAUGCGAUCACUUGGUCAAGACAGUUGGAAAAUUGCCGCCGCAUUGAUGGGAAGACAUAUUGGUGGAGCUGUCAAUUAUGUUGCUAUAUCUGAUGCUCUUGGUGUUUCUCCAUCAGUAUUAGCUGCUGGACUUGCUGCAGAUAACGUAAUUUGUGCAGUGUAUUUUGCAACAUUGUUUGCGUUAGCUUCUAAAGUACCUCCUGAGACUACGAUAUUGGAUAACGAUGUUGGGAAGGGCGCAGAAGUUGAGCCUAGCAACAAGCUUCCGGUGUUGCAAUCUGCCACAGCCAUUGCUGUAUCAUUUGCCAUUUGUAAAGUUGGUUCCUACCUGACCAAAUAUUUUGGAAUUCAAGGCGGUAGCAUGCCAGCAAUUACGGCUGUCAUUGUUGUCUUAGCAACCAUUUUUCCUAAGCUGUUUGCUUACCUUGCUCCUUCUGGUGAGGCUAUGGCUUUGAUUCUAAUGCAGGUUUUCUUUGCUGUAGUGGGAGCAAGUGGAAAUAUAUGGAGUGUCAUCAACACUGCACCAAGUAUCUUCAUAUUUUCUUUUGUCCAGAUUGCAGUCCAUCUUGCCAUAAUCCUUGGUCUUGGAAAGCUGCUUCGCUUCGAUCUAAAGUUGUUGCUGAUAGCUUCGAAUGCCAACGUUGGAGGUCCCACAACAGCUUGCGGGAUGGCCACAGCUAAGGGUUGGAGUUCGAUGAUUAUUCCUGGAAUUCUUGCUGGAAUUUUCGGAAUCGCUAUCGCAACUUUCCUAGGAAUUGGAUUUGGAAUGGUGGUCUUGAAAUACAUGUAAAACCAUUCAAAUUUAGCUCAUAAAAUCCCUUGCUCUCUCCAAAAGUGUGUAAACUUGUGUUAAGGGAACGACUUUUUAAAAUGGUUCUCUUAAAAAAAAAAACACAUUGGAGAGCAUGUUGCCUUAGUCUAUACUUGCAGGCAGUGCACGUUUAGAGUAUCUAUUUGCAUUUCUUGUAAAAGUUUCAUCAUAGAUGCAAAUCCUCUGUGUAGUAGUUGUGUUUAUGAUAUUGGAGCCUUUUUGAAACCAAAUAAAUUGAAGGUGUACGGGUUAUUUGUUGUACAAACACAAAUUUGAUAAAUUUUAUGCUACAAAUCAAAUGGAGCAUAGUUCUGCUUACAAA